AUGGCCAAUCGCGACCACCGGCGCGCUCAAGUAGGUAAUAGCUUGUUCACCGUAUACCUCCUCUGUGCUGGCCUCCUCGUCUCUCCUGGCCACACUUCUGCUUCACGCGACAUUGCGGCUCUACAGCAGUUCGCCAGUUCUCGCGAGACUCUUUUGACGCCAGAAAUUGUUACCGCUGUCGAUAAUCACGAAAACAGCGGGGGUCAGUCCUUAGAAUCCGUCGUUCGUGAAUCCGCCGCGGCUGACGCGGAAGCCGCCAAAGCUCUAGCGGAAUACGAAGAUGCGAAAAAGGUUCUCGAAGGAAAGAAGAAGGACGCGGAUGGAAUAGGCUCGGAAGCGUCUAAACUGCGCGGCCAGGCGGAAGAGUUGGCGUUCGAUCACGCCGUCAUAGCCACGGAAGUCGCGGAAUCAGCGGAGCGGGAGCGGAAAAGCACCUCGGACCUGAAGCGCGCGGAAGAGGUGGCGGAAAAAGCUGGAGCAUACGCGGCCGGAAAGCGGAAGGUAGCGAAUGAGGCUUCGGCCACAGCGGGGGAAGCCGCACGGUUGGCGGAAGCGGAAGGGACGGCGGAGGCGCAGUUCGCGCUCGUGCGGGCAAACACCACGCGCGCGGAGGCGGUCCGAGCUGCGGAGGUGGCGGAAACGUUGGCAGCAGAAGCGAAGGAGUAUGCAGAGGAAGUGUGGGAAGCGUUAUCGCAUGAAGGAUCCGACAUGGAUAUUUCUAUGGUUGACCUGGUAUCGGAGGAGGCUUAUAUCGAGGAUUUAAAUGCCACAGCAGCACGCCUAGAGGAGGAAUAUUGGAAGAGUGUGACUGCAGUGGAGGUCGCUAAAGCGAAGGUGGCAGAACUGAAGUGCCUGGCAGAGGAGAAGGUUGCGCGGGCGAAGGCGAUGCGAGCAGCACUGAGGAAAGGCGGUUCACGGGACAUUGCGGCUCCACAACAAUUCGCCAAUUCUCGCGGGAUUCAUGGCGCGUCUACACGAGAAAUUGUUACUGUUGUCGAAAAUCACGAGAAUAAGUCGUUAGUAUCCGCGGUUCGUGAAGCCGCCGCUGCUGACGCAGAAGCCGCUAAAGCUCUAGCGGAUUACGAAGAUGCGAAGAAGGUUCUCGAAGGAAAAAGGAUGGACGCGGAGGGAAUAAGCGCGGAAGCUUCUAAAGUGCGCAGCCAGGCGGACGAAAUGGCGCUCAAUCGCGCCCUCAUGACCACGGACGUCGCGGAACUAGCGGAGCGGGCGCGAAAACGCUCCGCGGACCUAAAGCGCGCGUCAGAGGUCGCGGAAAAAGCUGGAGCAUUAGCGGCAGGCAAGCGGAAGGUGGCGGAUGAAGCUUCCGCCGCACUCGGGGAAGCAGCGCGGUUGGCGGAAGCCGCCCGCACGGCGGGGGCGCAGCUAGCGCUCGAGCGGACGAAAUUUGAGCGCGCAGAAGCGGUGCGCGCAGCGGAGGAGGCGGAAACGGUGGCGGAAGAAGCCGCGGAGAACGCGGAGGAUGCGUGGGAAGCGUUUUCGCAGGAAGAAUUCGAUGUGGAAGUUUCCGUGGUGGACAUUGAAUCUGAGGAGACUUAUCUCGAGGAUUUAAAAACCGCAGCAGCACGCCUAGAGGAGGAAUAUCGGAAGAGUGUGACAGCAGUGGAGGUCGCUAAAGCGAAGGUGGAGGAACUGAAGGCUUUGGCAGAGGAGAAGGUUGCGCGGGCGAAGGCGAUGCGAGCUGCUUUGAGAAAAGGCGGGAAGAGCAAUGGCCGAGAUGCAACGACAGCCACGCAAUAG